AUGAGUGUGGAUUCGGCUUCUCCCCAAAGCCUGCCCUGCCCUGAAGCAUCCAAUUCUAGGGAACCUUCACCCGUGCCUGAGAUUUACGAGCCUGAAGAAAACUAUGCAUCCUUGCAAAUGUCAUCUGCUGAGACACUCCACACUGAGACUGUCUCUCCUCUUCCUUCUUCCAUGGACCUGCUUAUUCAGAACAGCCCUGAUUCUUCCACCAGUCCCAACUUAAUGCUGCCCACUGCUGCAGAGGACAGUACAGCGAGGGAGGAAAAAGGUCAGGUCAAGAAACAGAAGAUCAGAACCGUUUUCUCACAGACCCAGCUCUGUGUACUCAAUGAGAGAUUUCAGAGACAGAAAUAUCUCAGCCUCCAGCAGAUGCAAGAACUUUCCAACAUCCUGAAUCUUAGCUACAAACAGAUUAAGACCUGGUUCCAGAACCAGAGAAUGAAAUGUAAGAGGUGGCAGAAGUACAACUGGCCAAAGAAUAGCAACCGUGUAGCUCAGAUGAGCUCAGCAACUACAGAGUACCUGGGCCUCUCAUCCUAUCAUCACCAGGGAUGUCUGGUGAAUGCUUCUGGGAACCUUUCGAUGUGGAGCAGCCAGACCUGCAGUAACCUAUCUUGCGGCAACCAUUCCUGGAACAGCCCAUCUUGGAACUACCAUUCCUGGAAUAGUCAGACCUGGUGCCCCCAAACCUGGAAUAACCAGGCUUGGAACAACAAGGCCUGGAACAAUCAGUUCUAUAGUUAUGGAGAGGAAUCCCUGCAGCCCCAAAUCCAGUUCCAGCAAACUCCCAUCAGUGAUUUAGAGGCCACCUUGGAAACCACUGGGGAAACCUAUGAUGCAAUAUUGCAAACCCCUGUGUAUUAUAGUACCCAGCAGACCAUGGAUUUAUUCCCAGAUUACUCCAUGAACAUGCAGCCUGACUCCACGAACAUAUAG